GUUCACUACUAGGUUGGAGCUAGGUAACUAGGUAAAAAGGUACAUUUAGCUAGAUCCAUCAAGUGAAUAACCGCCCGGUUACGUGUGUGUUGGAGCUAGAUCCACUCCAUAGAGAAUUUUUGCUUGGCUACAACAACAUCGGUGUGGUGUAUGACAAAACGGGAGAUUGCUUGAAAGCAUUUUCGUUUUAUCGAAGCGCUUUAGACAUUGGACAACGUUCGUUACCUCAAAAUCACCCUCAUCUUCAACUCAUUCGAAAUAAAAUCGAAUUCCCCUUAUGCUGAAAAUCGGAAUAAGACCGGCGACUAAACACGGUUUUCGUAAUCGGUAAAAAAAUAGUGCUUUUCCUAAGGUGCACGUAAUGCAAAAGUGUAGCUUCUUUUUUCGGCUUAAUAUACACGAUUCGACAGAGCUGGUUACGAAAAUAUAUUUUUUUAAAUAUUCAUACCAUGAGUCAUCGAACGUCGGAUCACAGACCAAUAGAGCGUAUCGAAUUACCUAAGAAUUUAAAUUAUUUUGCCUAUUGGACACGUGCCGACGUAGCUGUGAAAAAAGAGUUUGAGACAAGGAGUUUUAUUGAUGUAACAACUUGAUGAAUGGGACAUCAGCGAAAGCGACCACUUGAUUCUAAAGAUUGAACAAAAAGACUAACGGGAGAUUUUGCAAUGCGAACUGAGUCGACAUGAGAAUAGCUCCCUUUUGUAGCUCAACGCAUUGGGACCGUAUACUGACGCUGUUUUUUCAUUUGCUUUUCGGUAACUUAGUAAGUCUAAAAUACUUUAAUUUAUCGAUUAAAGAAUGUGAAUCAAGCGAUUUGAAGUUCUGCGAAAUAAAGUCCAAUCAAUGGAGUAAAAAAAGGAAAUUCUAUACUUUAAAGGGAUUUUUUACCCGAUUGAUGUGAUUUGCAUCCAUAAAUCGUGAUUAAACUAGUAAUGUGACAGACUCUGAAAUUGAUAUUUCUGGUUACUCUGUCUACAGGUAGGAUAGACUGUCGGCAGUUACUCAUAAUUCUCACACAGGUGUAGUAACUUAUGUAUUAAAUUCUAUUCCACACCAAUUUAUUGCCUCCUGCUCAAAAACUGAAUCUACCCUUCUGAAAAUCAAAUCAAAUAAAAGUGAUAUUUUCAUUUGCUCUUCGUAUAGAAAAUCUUCUAUUAUAGUUAAAGAGUAUGAAAAAUAUUUUGAAUUGUUAGAACUUUUUCUCUUACGUCAUGUUCAAAUUAAAAAAAAUUACAAGCAAAAUUUUGGUGAUCUUCUUUUUAUUCUGCAAGAACUUGUAUGUUUUGUUCGACUAUUUGUCACUAUUUGCAUAAAUAAACAUUAAGAAAAAAACAUCAUCAUUUCUCGAAGCGUUAUUCCAUUACGCCACUUUUUUCCCAGUACAACUUUCUAUUCUUACACUUAUUAAAUCAGAUAUAUCAAAAAUUUUCCUUCUUUUUCUGUUCUACUUUUUAUUUUCAUCACAUCACGCAUUUUUUAUUUUGAUUUGCUAUCUGUGUCACGCCUUACCUGUUUAUUUGUAAGUUACCUCUGCCAACCAUAGAUUCUGAGAAUUUUUUUCUUUCGUAAUCAUGACGGAGUAAAAUGGUCGAUAAGAAGUUACACAGUUCUGUUGUAGAACAAAAAAGAAAUGAGUAGUCUAUAAGUUGUUAAAGAAAUUCUGUUGUUGCUUUCAUUUAUCUUUGUUAAAAAAAGAACAUCAGAAUAAAUUAUAGCACCAGCAGAAAAAUAACGUAUUUUUGAAAACAAGGUAGUGAGAAGUCGACAGCAGUUUACUUCAGGUAAGUUAAAGCUUUUCGGUAAACUUACUUUGUUAAAUAAUGAGCUGACGUACGCGAUCGAUGAUUAAGUUUGUAAAAAACAGGUCGUUGCUGAGGGUUGAAUAGUUGUGUCUUUAAGGAAGGUAGAAAGUUUAUAAGCAGAUAAGAAAGUUUAAAGCAGAAGUGAGCUGUUUGCUUCAAGUCUUCCUGUCGACAUAAUAUUUAGUUAAAUCUGAGUUGAUUCGUUAUAUUGGAACACUAAUUUUGAGGAGAUCCGACAUAAGAUAAGGCAGUCAAAAGUUUUGUCGUUACUGCAAAUUGAUCCGUGUUGGGCAAUCCAAAGGAUCCUGUCCUCUCGCAAUUCACACUCAACGAUACCAACCAUAAUAUAAAAGUCGCAGUUAGAAAUUUGAGUUUCUUGUUUACGAGAGGGGUACUGUAUUCUAUGUUUAGUAACAAAGGUUUUAAGAUCGCGUUUUAAUUUUGCUUAGACAAUGGAGGAUACUCCUGCUAUCUCAGCAGCGUCGGCAAUCUCGUUAAAAUUAGCACCUACAACGACAUCGUUGAACAAUAAUCAUAUUGAACUAGACAAAUUACAAGAGGAAUUUGUAUGCAUUAUAUUGAAACAAUUAGAUAUUGAUGAUACAGAUGAUAGUCGAAAUCUUUGUAAAGAGUUGAUGAUGAAUGGUAGACAGAGACUUGUAUUGCAUUGCGAUGAAGUUAUGCCGGUCGUUUUCGAUGAAGAAAUGGAAGACGAAAGUCCAUUACUCACUGCAUUAAAACAGUACAAUGAAAAACGAUGGUCCCUGAUCUACCCGAUUGACACAUGGUUUCGUACUUUUCUUGACGAACGAAAAAGAGAUACAUCAGAUUUGUAUGAGCAAAUAUUGACCAAAAUAUCAGCGUACGGUAUUCCAUUUUCCAACGAAACUUUGUUCUUAACAAUUCACUUUCUCUAUCAGUUGAAUGAGGAAGACAAAGUAAAAAAUGUCUGGCAAGAUCUUACAACAAACGGUGUACAAUUAGUUCAAGAACAUCGUAAAAAGCAGCUGUUGAUUCAAGAAGAAAAACAUGAUUCAACACUGUUGUUAGCUUUAGAAGAAUAUUUUCGUGAACCAUUGCUGACAUUGUUCAAGAAAUGUAAUAUCCCUGAUAAACGCAAUUUAUAUUCGAUUGCUCCGACAGCGGUUGCUGAAAAAGGUUGGCUGGAUGGUGUAAAUACAAAGUCAGUGAAGGGAUUGAUUUUGGAACCAGCCUUUAAAUUACUGAUGAAAGAUAUAAGUGCUUUUGGGAAAGAUGAAAACAAUAGUGAUAAGAGCGAGUUAAAAUUUGAAGACCAUAAAUCAUCGGCGUCGGAUGAUAAUUCGAACCAAAAGACAGAGCCAUCGGAAUCUUCAACAAUAAUGAAUUCUUCGGAUCCAACUCAAAUAUCAUCCAAAGAGAAUAAUCGAUCCAUAGCCAAAGCACUGCAAUCAACAGCCGAAAUCUCUCAAGUUGCCGUUGUGGACGACACUGGAGAGCAUCCACCAGCUUAUGAUGAGAUAUUUUGUACGCAAUCAGCACCACAAUCAACUGUCACGACAUGUAGUUCUCCAUCAGAAACUGUUGAUAAGAACCAGGCAUUGGAUAAACGAGAAGAUAAAGUAUCACAAUCAGAAGCAAUCAAAGCAGAUGAUAUCAAUGUGCAUCUAAUCCCAAAGGAAGAAGAUAUCUUUUUAACACAAAUGCCUGAACAAAACGAUUCACCAACAAAAGACUCAAGUAGCUUGUUACCACCUUCACAUACACCGAAAUUAAAUGCAGCAGUUUCAGCUCAGAAUAACACAUUCUACGAUAAACCCCGUACCUCCUUCUCCUCGGAUCGAAAAGAUGAGUUGCCUGAACGAAUAGCUGACCUACCACAAUCGGAAACGCCAAGAUCAACAAUAGAGGAAGCAUCUGAAAGUGUUCCUAUGCAAGUAAAGGAGUCAGCGCUUCCAAAAUCCACUUCACAGUCUCCUUCAGAAUUUGAAACCAUGGCAUCAUGUAUUCGAGCACGAAAAUUUCAAUUAGAAGACUUGGUACAAGCCGGUGAACUCCUUUAUAUCCAGAAAACGUUGAAAAAUAUCCUAGAAGAUAUUCUGUUACAAUAUCAAAAGCAUAAAUGUUUUUCACUUGUAAUCUAUCAUUGUCUAACACCGCUCAUGUAUUUAUUGAAACGACAACAGAAUUUGACAAUCUUUAUGAAGACUCUCUUUUCCCUUAGUAAAUCAUCGCUGCUUGACAGAGCAUUAUCACAAGCACUCUCAAAAGUUAGCUUACGAAUGUUGAUCCAUAUUCUCUUAAUUAAUUCUAAUGUAUUAGUCUCACGCGUUGUCAUGUCACUUUUGAGUAAACAGAAUCCCAUACCACUGCUGAAUCCGCAACCAGGAAACACAAUGCAAAUGAUGCCGGAAAUAUUCUAUCUUUGGAAUUUUCAUUUCCCCACAAUUCUUUCUUUCGGAAUCGGACCGUGUUUCGGAAAAUCUUCCUUGUUAAAUCGAUUAUUCAUGUCUUCAUUUGAGCAACGUAUGAAAAGUGUUUACUUUCAAAAUACAAUUGAUAUCGACUUUGGUUAUCAUUUCAUUGUAAAACGUGAACUGAAUAUUGCUGAUGUUCAUGGACAACCAACAAAAGAAGUAAUUGAAAAACUAUUAACGCUUUUUGACGGAUUUCUAAUACAAGUUAGCGACGAAUAUUUGAUGCAGAAUGUUGAUUCUACAGUAAAAUUUCUUGAUAUUUUACCAAAAGAUAAAUACCGACUAAUUGUGGUACGCGAUGUACAAGAUGAUAAGGAUAUCAACGAUAAUGAUCGACUCCCAAAGUCUCUAGCCAUCUAUUCUAAAUGGCAACUACCAGAUCUUAGAAAUCAGAGUGAUAACGAAGGACAGGAUUUAAUUGAAAACUUACGUACUAUGAUACUAAAUCAAGUGAAAACUAGUUCACUCCAGUCAACAUCCAAUGAACAGUUUUUAAAAACAAAAAGAGAUGUAAAACGAAAAGAAAUCCGAAAACUGGUUAAUCCUAAAUCAGCUGAAAUGCUGAGGAAUAGUACUACGAUCAUCGCAACUCUGAAAAAUCAUUUAAUAAAAGCCGCAACAGAACCAAGUGAAAAAAGUUAUCCUAUCUAUUCCUUGUUCAUUGAAUGGUGUAAACUAACACAACAGCUGACAAAAAUUAGUUUCUACGGUGCACAAAGCGAUACAAUGUUCCCAUUACAAGACAAAUCGUUCAAAGUACACCAGGAAUUGCAGAACAUUAAAGCGGAUAAAUGUGGUGUUAUUUUUGAAGAUUUUGUUGAUCUACUUGAAAAACCAGAUACUCUGAUGAACCUUGAUAUUCUCUCGUCUGAUUUAAAAUUUGAAAAAAAUUUAUUUGUAUCAGAGCAGUCAAAAGCUGGUGAUCUGUCAGUUGAAAAAUCUCUAUCAGUUGAAGUUCUAUGGCGUAAUGCUAUUGUCUGUUAUAAAUAUCAGAAUAAAUCAAAAAUUAGAAAUCUUAUUAGAACAUCGUAUCAAAAGUACAUUGAAGCUGGUUUUCCCUAUGAAAUUAUUGACGGUGACAAUUUUUGUCUUCAUUACGAAUUUUUGUAUGAAGCUUUAAUGUAUUUUAAAAAUAAAAGAGUUUUGAUUAUUAGUAUCAUUGGACCGCAGAAUAGUGGGAAAAGUACUCUAUUGAAUUAUAUGUUUGGCACUCUGUUUGAUGUACGCGAUGGUAGGUGUACACGAGGUAUCUAUGGUUCACUCGUGAAAUCAAAUUCAAACGAUUUUGAUUAUAUAAUGUUAAUUGACACCGAAGGUUUAUCAUCCGGUGAAACUGACAAUGCAGAAUACGAUCGACGUAUUGUGUUGUUUUGUCUCGCCGUCUCACAUCUUGUUAUUGUAAAUAUCAAGGGUGAAUUUGAUAGUUCAAUGAAGAAAUUGGUCACACUGUGUGCCGAUUCUCUUCAGAACGUUGGCGUUAACCGCGUACCGGAACCGACGGUACAUUUCGUUCUGAAUCAGAAAGCUUUCAGUCAAGAUGUACAAAAUCAUGAAGAAGUAAUUAAUAAGUUAUUGCAAAACUUAAAAGAGAAAAAACUGGAUAAAGUUAUUAAAAUAACAAAAGAAACAUUUCAUACGCUGCCAUUGGGUUAUAAACCUGAACGUUUGUGUGAAAGUGAUUCAGAUUCGUCGAGCGUCGUUCGUACAAUUCCAGAUUUCAUUGAAAAAGCGCAGCUUUUAUGUGGAAAACUGAUGAAUUCAGCCACGUUGUGUUUUCAGAAAAGUAAAACACAAUUCGUCGAUCCACCACAGUGGCUUAGUUUUGCUAAUACGUUGUUCGACGUUUUGUUAAAGUUUCCCGAUUUGACAUACUUUGUUGACAUACAUGAAAAGAAUCAAGAUCUGAUUAUCCGUGAAUUUAUUCGUGUUGCAAUAGAAAAAAAACUAACACUCGAAUUGCGUCUAAAGAUGAUUAAAGGAACACGUGCGUUAACUGAAUCUAAAAUUGACGACUAUAUUAAUUUACUGUUCGGACCUAUAUUGGAAGAACUAGACGCAGAACUAGAAGAUGCAUUAAAAUCACAUCAGGCGUCGGAAACAAUACGAAAACGUGCGAAAGAAUUUUUGCUUACACAAUUCACCGGUAUGAAAAUCGCUUGGCGAACUACAGCACUUCAAGAAAAUGAUAGAGUAACAACAGAAGCACUCUGGCAUACGGGCGGUGAUGAGAUGAGAGAACUGGUCGAACAAAUGAUAAAGAGUCGUAUAAAGGAAACAAAAGCAUCUGCCGAGCAAAAAUAUGACGUUAUGUGGAAUGAAAAAGUUGAAAGUAUCCGUAAAAAGUUUAAUGAAGCGGAUCGACUGCAAACAGCAAUCAAAUAUAUUUAUCCAAAUUAUAACAGUUUUGAGAAAAAGAAUUUACCAGCACCCGAACAUAUUUUGAAAUUUAUUUCUUCUAAACUAGGUGAUCUAGGUUUAAGUGACUUACAGAGAGAAAUGCGACAGAUUUAUAUUAAACAGCUGUCAUCGUACCCCACUAUCGAAGAGCAUCAAACAGUUCAUUCAGCUCCAGCGGAAUGGUCGUCAGAAACGAUAAACGGUUUGACAUAUUUAAACAAAAAACUUAUUCUUAAAUUAAUGACUGGCUCAAAUUUAUCAGAGUCGAAUGCUUCACAAAUGCAAUCUUCACCAAAACCUCCACUGCCAAAGACCAGACAAGCAUCGGAAUCCACAACUAGAAUCGGUAAAUUAGUCAGCUAUUUAUCCAAUGCAUUACAUUUAGGUAGUAGUGAUGAUCAACGACAAGAAACAUCAGGCUCAGCCUCACACGAUACCAGUUUCAUUGCACCUCCAUCUAAUUAUGAAUUCCAAAGACGUUUUAUGCAUUUAUUAUACAACGAGGAGCUUGCUAAGCCGGUAAAAAAUAUUCUACCUUUAUUACUCAUUUUCGAUGGUAUUUACACACAAAUCAUGAACUUACUGUGCGAAAAUGGUACGGGCGUUUCUCCGAUUGACAUCGAUUUAGUACAAAAAAUUGUUGGCUUAGUCAAUACAUCACUGAAAGAAGUUGAUAUGGAAUUGAAUUUAUUUAACGUAUCCCUGUCUAAACAUGCAUCAUCAGCACUUCAUACAGUUAACGUUGUUCUGUUAACAAAACUUUAUUUUAAAGAACAAAAAGAUCAUUUUAAUCAACAAAUAGAUAUUCUCAACAAAAUAAAACCGGCUUUGAAAAGCUAUUUUCUACGAAUGGUCUUACCAGAUAUUGAAAUGGAUUCUGAUUUUGCCAUGAGUUCAUCUCAGCAAAUUAGUGAUAUUUUUAGCCGGGAACUGAGAGAAAAAGCAAAGAUUAUAAUCAACGAAGCUGUAAAAGAUGAUAAAGAAUUUACUCGUGAAAAGAUACAACAGGAUUGUGAUGAUUCACAGCUUAGUAAAAAUGACGUUAAAUGGCAUAUUGAAUAUAUAUUGUCUCCAAAUACAGUUAUUGAACGAAUUUUUGCACAGAAAUGGAUCAGUAAAGAAACAGAAAUUCGUUUGAAAAUAACAAAGGCACGAGACGAUCUUCUUGAUAUUUAUUCAGAUUAUAUUUCAACUCUACAGAAUAUGUUAAAAAUUCUGAAAAUAAAUAAUAACGGAUCAGGAACACAGUUCAUUGAUAAUUCGUUUUCUACACCUGACGGUGGAAGCGGUGGUAAUACACCACCACCCCCAACAACAACAACAGCUAGUAAGACUAGUUCUAUGUCAAUGGGAUAUUUCUCCACAGGUGGUGCUGGUAAUCACUUAAAAAACAAGGGGAAAUGUAUGGCGUCAGUUUUCUACAGUAGUCUUUCAAAUCAAAAUAUUAAACAGACGUAUUCUGUCGAUAAUAUCGUUUACGUUUUACAAGACACUGCUCAAUUUCAAGCACUCAGUAAAUCAAAGCAAACCGUAAUCGAUUUAGUGAAACAAAAAGAAAUAAGAAAUGCUUAUGAACAAUGUUCUAUUAGUGAUCUAUUUAAUUUUCUUGAAAAAUUAAUUGAAUUUGGAGUUCAGAAGAGAGAUGAACUUCAAUCAAUGCCAGUUGAUUUUAUUAAUAUGGAUUCAGAUGACACCUAUCGAAAACUGUUAUCAAAAGCACGUGGCUGUGAAGAACCCUGUCCCUGUUGUGCACGACCGUGUGACGCUAACCAUAUUAAAAUUAUAGCAGAACAAGGAAGCACAUACAAUAAACAUAGAUGUGGUACAGGUCAUCAAUAUCGUUGUAUGGGCGGAGUAAAACUUGAAUUUACAAAUGAAUCAUCAGUAAAAAUGUGUGAGGAAAUUAAGGAUGACGAUACUAUUGUCACCAGUGGAAAUCAACGUAUGACUUGGAUAGACUUUAAAACACUACAUAAUGAAUGGGACUUUGGAAAUGAAAAAUCCUUAACAGCAGAGAGAUUAAACAUUCUACGAACUAAAUAUCAUCUUAUCUGGGAAAAAAUUGGUAAAGAAUUUUGCAAAGAUUAUUAUUCCGACAUGGUUUUUGUAAUGAAAAAUGUGGAACCACCCCAACAUUUCAUAUUAGUUCUUGAUAAUUCUGGUUCAAUGCAGGGAAAAUCGUGGCACGAUCUGAUGGACGCUGUUGACAAGUUUCUUAAAAUUCGUAAAUCUUCUCCAACAGCAGAUCGCAUAUCCGUAGUUGUAUUUGGUAGCGAAGCGAAGUGGGCUUGUUGUAAUGAAGAUAUUAAAUCAUUUGAUGUUAUGGCAGCAAUUAAGGAAAAAGAGAAGAAAGUUGGCAGUGGAACCUGUUUUUCCACUGCGAUCUCUUUGAUCAAUCGUACAAUGGAAACAGCAAAUACAAAUAAAAAACCAGACACAUCGUUGAUCCAUUCCAUCGUUUUUCUGAGCGACGGUGAAGCACGUUAUCCAAAGAGUGAAUUAGAUAUUUUAAGCGACAAAUACGGUAAAAGUAUUGCGAAUUUUUGGACAAUGGGUUUAGGCAGCACUGACUUUAAGAUAUUAGCUCAGAUAAAUGACAAAAUGAAUGGUACAUUUAAAAAUAUUACAAACUCAAGUGAAUUAGUUACUGUUUACGGUGAAAUUGCAUCUGCUCGUACAACGAAGAAACCAAAAUAA